AAUCUGACAAUUCUGUCAUCUUUGUAUGUUGUGUUGAGGUUAUUCUAUUUGAAUUUUACUUCAAAAAGUGAAUCGUUGAAAAUCAGAAAGUUCAUACUACCUAUUUUUUAUAGUCACUCAAUGAUUAAAUGAUGGAGUCAAAAGAAUUAACUAGUGAUUUGAUUGCCAUACAAGGAAUCUUAUCCAGUUUGAUAAAAAAUACAGGAGAAUUUACCAAAAUCAAUUAUAGGGGAGGAAAUGAAGAUAAAAUACUUGAUGUAAUGGUUGCCAUCCAAAAAUUCAUUUCCAGUCCAGAUCGAGGAUAUAUGAAAGAUGGAAAAAUUGCAGAGGAAUAUAAUUCGCAGUUGCAAGACAUAGUAUUUUUCCUUGCAUUGAAUACAAUGUUCAAAAAUACUCUGGAACUUGAAGAAUAUUCCCAUUUGAUGAAUAUAACUCCCCCUAUUUCGAAAUGCCUGUUUGUUAACAUUGUGUAUGGUCUAGAUCUAUGUAAAUAUUACUGUAAAGUUAUUGAAGUACUCCCAAUAGAGUUCAGCGCUGAAUUGUUGGAAGAGACAAUUCCUUGCUUGAAUAAGUCUGUACCGAAAGUUCACUUAGAUAAUGCCUACAUAAUACUUAAAGCUGCAGCAACAAAACUGUUUUCUGUUGAUUCUUCCAAAAAGGUUGAGGACAAGGUGGAAAAUAUAUCUGAAGUGACAAAUAUUAUCCUGCAAAAUUUAUCAGGCAUCUACUCCGACCAAAUCAAAAAUUUGAAAACAAUUCAGAUCUACCAGCAUAUGGGAUAUUGCUUAUUAUAUUUAUUUGAGUUGCUGCUCUAUUGCGACAAGGAUCACCUACCUUUGAGAAAAUUUGUCAAAAAUAUAUUCAGAACAUGUUGCUCUAUUAUCAGAAAUAUAACAAUAAAUGUUUUCUGUGCCUGGGCAGAGAUUGAAGAGGACGAAGAAAUCCUUCAAACAGUUAUAUCUGGCAAAGCAUACAUGGUGACGGAAGAGUACCAGAAAUAUCCUGAAGCCAAAGAACUGAUUGGUAUGUUAGGACAAAUUGCUAAAAAACCAUUAACACUGACGGAACUUAUACACAAAGCCGAUGUACGCACGAUGAUUCGAAACGUCAAUAAAGUCAACAAGGAUCAAAGGAACUGGUUCAAAGCGCUACUUGGUACAAAUAUUUUCAAAGAUAAAGCAGCACUGGAGUGUGUGAAAUCUUGGUACCACCUCUGCAGUGAAGAUGAUGUAUCUUUAUUGUUGGAUUUGUGUGUUAAUAUGAACAACUUUGAGCAUAAAGAGAUUGUUCUUAAAUGCGCUGCUACGCUACCUGUUGAGAAACUAGUUCUUGUGGCCACCAGACACUUUCAUAAACACAAAUUUGUUAAUAUGGCUUCAGAAGGUAUUGAAGAUGCUUUGACAGUGAUUUUCAACAAGCUGAACGACAAAAGUAGUAAUGUUUCUGAAGACCUGACAGGAGACUUGGUUUUUCUGUUGCUGCAGUCACCUGAGCUAGUUCUCAGCUGCCUCUUCUCAGAGUGUUUGAAGAGUACUUUUCAUACUGCCUGUUUAAAGCAUACCUUUUCAUUGAUUAGAGAAAUAGCAAAGAUUAAUAGUAUAGGAGUGACUAUUCUACACGGAGUCAUUGAAAGAAAUGUGCCAAGUUCACAGAAUGUUGAUAACUAUAUGGAGUUGUUCAGGAAUCUGGUGGAUACGGAGUUGUUUUCAAAUAAAGUUAUGAUUUUGAAGGUGUUUUAUCCACUGCUGAAGAAGUUUUAUGAAGGAAAGUGCUUUGAAGAACUGAGCUAUAGCAUUCAGAUACUUGCGGGAGGAUAUAUAACAAUCUCUGUGUUAGAAGAAACCAAAGCCUUAGUUACCCUAUUGCUAAAUAUAAUGGAUGAAUGCCGGUGUAGAUUUUUGCAUUUUGAUGGAGCUAAGCAACAAAUUGUGAAAUACCUUGUUGAUAUUUUCUGUGAUAGUUGUCGGGUCAGUGUGGGAUCUGAAGUUCAAAUUACAAUAGAUGGGGAAGAUGGUUUUACUGGAUUCUACAGAAAAUACCUAACUUCUUCAACAGAUUCAUCUCUUUUUAGGAAUAUGUGUCCGGAAUUUCAUAUCGACAACUAUGGUGAAUGUGUCAAUCAAAUGUUACAGAUGUUACCACCAUUAGUCACCAGGGAAUGGCUUAUGACAGCGGAAUCGAUAAUUGAGAUUUGUGGAAGUGAGAGAUGUUUAGACCUUUUCACUGACGUGCUGAUUUUGCUUUCUCAGUUGAUUGACACUCAGAAUACCGAGAGCAGGAAACUUUUGGAGCCUGCUAUGAAGUACUGUAUUCAUAAUUAUGGCAUAGUCAUUCAG